AUGGGCAAAGAAAACCAAACCUAUUUGACUGAAUUCAUCUUGCUUGGGCUUUCUUCAGAUCCGCAGACUCAGAUCCUGCUGUUUGUGGUAUUUCUCAUCAUCUAUCUACUAACUGCUCUUGGGAAUCUGCUCAUCAUAAUCCUAAUCAACGUGGACUCUCGACUUCACACUCCCAUGUACUUUUUCCUUAAAAAUCUGUCUCUUGCUGACCUCUGUUUCUCUACAAGCAUUGUUCCUCAGAUGCUAUUCCACUUCUUGGUUAUGAGAAAGACCAUUUCCUUUGCUGGAUGCUCAAUUCAGAUGUUUUUCUUCUUAGUAUCUGGGGCUACUGAGAGUUCACUUUUGGCAGUGAUGUCUUAUGACCGCUAUGUGGCUGUCUGCAAGCCCCUACACUAUUCCACCACCAUGACCCAAAGAGUUUGUAUCCAGUUGGCCACAGUGUCCUGGGCCAGUGGGGCAUUUGUGUCUCUGGUAGAUACCACAUUUACUUUGUGUCUCCCAUACCAGGGACAAAAUGUGAUUAAUCAUUAUUUUUGUGAACCUCCUGCACUUCUGAAGCUGACUUCUGCAGACACCAACAAAGCUGAGAUGGCUCUCUUUUCAAUGGGUGUAGUGAUUCUCCUAGCACCUGUCUCCCUCAUCCUUUUCUCCUACUGGAAUAUUCUGUCCACUGUGAUGCAGAUACAGUCAGGGGAGGGAAGGUUCAAGGUCUUCUCCACCUGUGGCUCACAUCUCAUUGUGGUUGUCUUCUUCUACGGAUCAACAAUAUUCACCUAUAUGAGGCCAAACGCCAAAAAAAUGAGUGGAAGGGAUAAAGUGAUCUCUGUGUUCUACUCAAUCAUAACACCUAUGAUGAACCCUUACAUUUACAGCCUGAGGAACAAGGAUGUAAAGGAAGCAUUUAGGAAAGUCUUUGGAAGAUAG